CCGGCGCCGGCGCAGAGCGGAAACGCCGGUCGGGGAGUUGGCUGUGACCGCGCAGACAUGGGGUGCCCGGGAGGGAAGAUCAACCGUCCGCGCACGGAGCUGAAGAAGAAGCUGUUCAAGCGCCGGCGGAUGCUGACCCGCGAGCGGCGCCUCAAGCACCGGGUGGUCGGGGCGGUGGUCGACGAGGGGCUCAUCACGCGGCACCACCUCAAGAAACGCGCGUCCAGUUCCCGUGCCAACAUCACUCUGUCUGGGAAGAAGCGCAGAAAACUCCUGCAGCAGAUCCGACUUGCCCAGAAAGAGAAAGCAGCCAUGGAUGUGGAAGCACCUCCCAAGCCAGUCAGGACUAGCGAACCGCAGCCCAAGAGACAAAAGAAGCCAAAAGCCCCCCAAGAUGUAGACAUGGAAGACCUGGGAGAUGAGAGCUAAGGACCCCUCAGCACGGAGGCCCAAAGCUUCGCAGCUGGAACCAGGACUUGUGCCCAAGCCGUUUUUUGCUCGCUCUCCCUCUGCCUUCUUCCGGGCAGGCUCUGGGCUUCCAGAACGGGACUCGCGGGGAAGGAUGUGUUGCAUGGAGUUAGCUGGACACGGCCCCACUGUGCACAGCCGUCAGCUCCAUUUGUAAUAAAGCCCUGGACUGCC